CGUUUGACGCACACAAUCAGAGUAUUAGACAUGAGAUUCCUGUUACAAGCACGGACCUGGUGUAAACGCUCCCAUGCGAGGUUAUCUACUAGAUCAGGUGCUAUCUUCUCCGUGAGGAGUAUGGAGAGUAGUGACAUCCCACAGGUACACGGACUAUUGGCUGAACAGGGCUGGGUCAUGGAGAAGGCCUACUUUGACUGUGCGUUCAAGACCGACCCCCGGGGCUUUGUGGUGGCGGAAACACCCUCACGGAAACUCAUAGGUUGCCAUGGUUUCCUUGCGCAUGACCCGUCAAUGGCUAGCAUGGGCCUGUGGAUAGUUGACCGCGAGAGCCAAUCCGAGAGGGUGGGUCAUCAAAUGUUCGGAGACCUCGCGCAAAGGUUCUCAGCAGGUACAAACAUCGGCACGUUCAUCUGGCCCCAUAACGUGGACAGGAUCAAAGACCACUACGGCAUCAGUGUUCUCAAGUCGUACAUGACGUGGUACAACUACGGACGAAUUGACCCAGACACUUUAAAACCGUGCACUGACGAACGUUUCAAAAUUUUACCCGCGUCGGAUGUCGAUAUGGCAGACAUCUUGUCUUACGAUGCAGAAAUCCAUCAAAUUCCGAGAGAAGCAUACAUACAAAACUGGAUCCACCACGAACAAUCAAAGACCUAUGUUGCCAUGAGGAAUAACAAAGUGUGUGGGUAUGGUGUGCUUCGGUCACAAGAUUCAUUUAAUCAGAUCGCUCCACUUUAUGCUGACAAUAAACAUAUCGCUAAGGCAAUCAUUCGACACCUAGCCAAACACGUACCAGGACAGACUGUCGGGUUCUCCAGUCCCCUCCAGAACUCUUCUGCCAUUGAUUUUGCCGAAGCCAACAAUAUGAUGAAGUAUGGUAGACCGUUGUUGAUGAUAUUUUAUAAAAACAAAAUCGACAUUGACACAGACAGGGUUUACGCUGUGUCGUCUAACUCAUUUGGAAAUUGUUAACAGCGGGUACUAUUUUAUCGGCAGCCAUUUUUGAUCAAGGGAAUCAGCCCUCACCCGACAUGACCACCCACUUUCUAUGACGUCAUAAGUUGAAUAUGUGGCGAUCAGAACGAGGUCCACUACACAUGUUCAACAUGGAAUUGUUCUAACUGAGGCCAGGAAAAAAUAAGUGUGUUUCUUAUAGCAUGUUUGAAAACAAUUUAGGGUAGAUAGGGUUACCAUAAAAAUAAAAAAUAAAAUUUCAUUUGGCCUCAUACCAGUUUAAUUGGGCUAAUUGGUAUAGUUUCUCAUCUCUAGAUUCCAUUUUUUGACUCUGUUAUAUUGUUAAUCAUCACGCAGAGUUACGGCCCUUGCACUCAGGAACUGUACAUUGUUUGUUCAUGUUUUUCAUUGUUCUACCUUUGUUACUAAUUAAUUACCUGUUUUGCGUUUUGAUCGUCUGUUCACAGCCUGUUAUGAUAAAUAUAAGUCAGGUUUUAAAUUGACCCUGUUGACUCCUUUUCAUUAGACUUAUGUGCUCAAUUAACAUUUAU